AUGAAUUUAUGCUCUGAAGUACAGAUCGAAUACGAAACCCCUCACGUAGAGACCGCUCUUCCAAAGGACGCUGCUUCACUCCUCACAACGACACCACGGUCUGUAGGCUACACGCAAAAGUGGCGUCGGGGUGACGCCACACACCAGCAACGGGCCAAUCCCAAGUUGCUGGCAGUAAUUGCUGCCUCGCAGACAGCCAAUCUCAUGAAGACACGUCCGAUGGUGUUGGCGCAACACUCUUCCAGCCCCAUUGCGGAGAUUAUCACAAAUGAUAUUUCGCCUGUACGGGAGGACACCAUGCACAAAAGUGAUAGUUGUAAGCAAGACGGAGGUUUAAUGCAACUGGUGGUUUGA